UGUCGGGGUCUGUGCGCAUGCGUGGAAGGGGUAGCGCAGGCAGACCCCGGUGCCGAGUCCCGAUCCUUGGGCCCGGAUCCUCCCCCAGCCCCAGGGGUCCCUCGGGAUGUUGGAACAGGGAUUCGGGAUGGUUAAUGUGGGGGUAAUGGUGCGACCUGAGAGAUCCGGACAGUGAGAGCCGCCUCUCGCUCCCGAAAGGCGCCAGGCCACGCUGCCCCAUCCCUUGGCCUCGCCUCAGACACGGAGCGGGCUGUUGGGUCUCUCCCUCAGUGCAGAGGCCAUGAAGAUUAACCAGGACACGGUGCUGCGAGGAAAGAAGGUGACGCUGGUGCCCUACACUGCUGCACACGUGCCCCGGUACCACGAGUGGAUGCAGUCGGAGGAGCUGCAGCGACUGACAGCCUCAGAGCCCCUCAGCCUGGAGCAGGAGUACGAAAUGCAGCACAGCUGGCGGGAUGACGCUGACAAGUGCACCUUCAUCGUGCUGGACUCGGGGCGCUGGCCUGGGCAGGCAGAGGAGAGCUCCAUGGUGGGGGAUGUGAAUCUCUUCCUUACCAACACUGAGGACCCGACCCUGGGCGAGAUUGAAAUCAUGAUUGCAGAGCCCAGCUGCCGUGGCAGAGGGUUUGGCAAGGAGGCAACUCUGCUGAUGAUGGCCUAUGGAGUGAAAAAACUGGGGAUCACCAAGUUUGAGGCUAAGAUUGGUCAGGAAAAUGAAGCCAGUAUCUGCAUGUUCAAAAAGCUUCACUUUAAGGAGGUUGCUGUGAACAGCAUUUUCCAGGAGGUGACGCUGAGGCUGGAUGUCAGUGACCAGGAGAGACGGUGGCUCCUGGAGCAGACAAACCACGUGGAGGAGAAGAGCUACGCUGAGCUGAAGCAGCCAGCUGGGGCGCUGGACAGCUGACAGACACCUCCAGACACCAGCUGGGUUUCCAGGGAGAAGUUGGACUUUGUUGCAAGGUCUGGGUGUGGAGGACACCAGUGAGCCAACUCUGGAAUUGUUUUCAUCCGUCUCCUGCAGCUGUUUUGUCAUCUUGUCAACUUUGCACUUUGCUCUGUCAGCCUGGAUUACUGCCUGAAACUUGGACCUGGGGAUCAGCCACUAACUCACAGGUUUGGCUAGGAAUGACUCUCAUUUUGAUGGGCUGUUCUAACAGAGCCUAAAAGCACCAGCAGUUGAUUACUGGACAAGCAGAAACUUCUCUCACUGCUCUUAAAUCAAGAUUCAUCAGCGAGGAGGUUUCAUGUACUGGCAGCUCUGUCUUUUUCACUCUUGAAUAAAAAACACAUCACAAAGA